GUGACCUGACGUCAUGAGACUGCGCUGCGCUGCUGUGUCUGUGACUCGUCUGAAGAAAGAUCCUUAAAAACUCCUGCUGAAGCAGCUGAGAUCCACGGGACUCGAUUAUAAAGAUGGCGUUUAUUAAAGAGGAGAGUGAAGAUAUAAAGAUUGAAGAAGUAUUCAGUCUGAAACAAGAAGAUACUGAAGAUCAAACAGGCCUGAUGGUGAUGAAAGAGGAGAGUGAAGUACUAGACGAAAUGCAAGAUAAAGAUCGGUAUAAGAAACAUCAUGAUUUCAUAACUGGACAACAAUCAUUUAGUUGCUCACAGAUUGAAAAGACUUCAAGAAAAAGAGCUCAAAAGAUAGGGACUAGAAUUAAUUUCACCUGCCAACAGUGUGGUAAGAAUUUCAAUCAACAUGGAAACUUUAAAGUCCACAUGAGAGUUCACACUGGAGAGAAACCGUAUACAUGUCAACAGUGUGGAAAGAGUUUCACUCAAAAAGCAACCCUUAAAAGCCACACGAGUGUUCACACCAGAGAGAAGCCAUACACAUGCGAACAGUGUGGAAGCAGUUUCACUCAGCAAGGAAGCUUUAAUAGGCACAUGAUACUUCACACCGGAGAGAAGCCUUACACCUGCAAACUGUGUGGGAAAAAAUUCACUCAAAAAGUACACCUUAAAGUCCACAUGACAAAUCACACUGAAGGAAACUCUUUCACCUGCCAACCGUGUGGAAAAGGUUUUAACAGAAAAGAAGACCUUGAAGUCCACAUGAUGGUUCACACUGAAGGGAGCCCUUUUACCUGCCAACAGUGUGGAAAAAGUUUUAACAAAAAAAGAAACCUUAAUGCACACGUGAAAAUUCACACUGGAGUAAAGCCUUACUUGUGUCCUGAAUGUGGAAUAAGCUUCAACCAAAGAGGAAACCUUAACAGGCAUAUGAAAACUCACACUGGAGAAAACCGUUUUACCUGCAAACAGUGUGGAAAACGUUUUAUUCGAAAAGGAAACCUUAAUUACCACAUGAGAAUUCAUACCGGAGAGAAGCCUUACACGUGCCCUCAAUGUGGAAAGAGUUUUACACAUAAACAGACUUUUAAAGUCCACAUUAGAAUUCACACUGGAGAGAAACCUUACGCCUGCGAACUGUGUGGAAAGAGCUUCACUCAAAAAGGACACCUUAAAAUCCACAUGACAAAUCACGCUGAAGGAAGCUCUUUCACCUGCCAUCUGUGUGGAAAAAGUAUUAACAGAAAAACAAACCUUAAUUCCCACAUGAAAAUUCACACUGGAGAAAAGUCUUACACGUGCCUUCAAUGUGGAAGGAGUUUUAUGCAUAAACAAACUCUUAAAAUCCACAUGAGAAUUCACACCGGAGAGAAGCCUUUCACAUAUCGAGACCUGAAAU